AUUGUUUUUUCAUUAUGUUUAAUCUAUUUCAUAGUUUUUUCAUUUUCAAAUUGAUAAAAAAUAGAUUUAAAUAAUUUUUACGUAAAAUUGAAUUUUGAAUAUGGCGCCAAAUAGCAAUGCGCGUAUUCUAUGACGCCAUCUUAUGCUCGAUAUGUCUCGAUAUGUCUUUUGCGAUUCUCGAUGUCAAUUGAGUUCGAUAAUUGCAAAUGGUCGUUUAAUAACAGAUGAUUGAACGCAUUCUGCGGCGCGGUCUAGCAUUUAUCUGUCAAAACUGGUGACGGCCGGCCGAUCGGCGAUGAGCCGGCAUACGCGUGCCUGUUGAUUGUUUCGUGCUAAAGUUUUAGGUUAUCUACGUGAAUAUUUUAAUAAAUUACGUGUGUGUAUAUUUGUGAGUUUAACAUUACGUUUUCCGAGUGGCACAAACGCGUCGAUCGUAAAUAUUCUUUAAAUAAUUGCGUCCAUUAUUAUGUGACCGUGAAUUGGGAACGAAGUACACGUAGAGAGAAAGACAAAGAGAGAGCGACAACACGAGAAGGAAAAAACAAAGGAAAAUGCAAAACAUUAGAGUCUAUGUUUUCUGUUAUCUCAUCGUGGCAAUACUUUUUCUAACGCCAUUCAAUUACGCUUCAGAUUUUUCUGCAGGAAAUGUCACAAAUCAAACCAAACAAUGCGAUACCCAAAAGAUGGAGAAUCAAUGCAAUGAAAAUGAAAGAUGCUUUCAAAAUUCGAAAGGAGAAAAAGCAUAUUGCAAAUGCAAGAUAGGUUACGAUCUGGAGAAAGGCCGAUGCGUCCAGGUUACAAUUACUACGGUUGCUAGUGUAACUGAUCAACCAAACGUCAUGGCCAAUUCAGGAGGUAGUUCUGUAGCCGCUGGCUUGUUAAUACCAACUUUUCUCGUAGUAAUGAGCGUAUUACUGUAUUUUGUCGCGAGGCGAUAUAAAUGGUUACAACGAGUUCGACAGCUUCGUCCAAACCAUUAUGGUAAUGUCCUAGUCACAAGAGACGACGAUGACGAUGACGAUCCACCUAUAGCGUAAGCAGACAUCUAAUAAUAAUAAUAAUGGAAUAAUUAAUAAUAUGUGUGCCGUGUACAAAGUGCGAAAGUUUUUAUCAGAAAUAUGAACUUUAACACGUGAAACGCUCAGUUACACAAUUCAUAAUUUUAAAGCGACACAAGCUUUGAGUUACCGCUGCGCGUAAACGGAUCGUCUUACCGAAUAACCGCAAGAAACAAAAAAAAAAAAGAAAAAAAAAAUAGUACCGGUUCAUGUUCAAUUUCUUCAUCUUUCUGGAUGGCUUGCAAGAAAAUUUCAAUCGAUUUCUUUGUUGAUUUUUCGACAAUCAAUACAUUCAAUCACUUAUAUCUUUGUGCAGAUUUCGAGAAUUUUUUUCGUUUGAUUGAACGUCGCACACUAAAGUCUUCUCUUGAAGCUUGAUACGCUUAGGGAACAAUAUUGUGUAACUCUGUGUACAUAUAAAGAAGAGGUUUAGAUACAUGAUAUACAUAACAUAUCGUCGAACUGAAAUAAGAGGCUAAAUGUAAACGAGUGUUAGUGUAAGUAGAUGUAUUUUAUACCGAUAAGCGAAACGUUAAUUGAUCCUUUUUUUUUUUUUUUUUUUUUUUUUUUCUUUUUUUUUUUUUUAGUCAUAGAUGAAUAAUGGUGAUGAAUCGUCAUUGAUAGCGUUAAUAAAAGUUGCAAUAAUUAAAAUUAAUAUUUAUACUCUUCAAAAUUUUCUCCUUAUCCAAAUAAUUUUUAUGGAAGCAAUAAAAUCAUGCAUGAAAGUAUUACUACUUACACAAUCACCAUUCUAUGUUUAUGUACGAUGGUUGCGGGAUAACUGACUGCGUUUUUUGAUAGUUUUUAAGAUUAAGAUUAACGUAUCGAGAAGAUAAUUUUUUACAAUGAUAUUAAAAAGCUGGUCAGUAAACUUUACAUCUUAUUAAUAUCUUGUAUAAAAAUCGAUGAUUAUCAAUCCAUAUUUCACCAUGUGUAAAAUUUAGAUCGAAUUUACUCCACAUUCUCAAUAAUAUUGUAAUUUUAAUCGUGCAAUGAAAUUUAUCCAUGUGACGCGAUUAAUAUCGAUGCGAUAUUAUCCUAGAUCCUAUAUUUUUUUAACGCUAAGAGAAGCUCCUUUUUUUUUAUUAUUUCUUAGAUUCGAAAAUUUGAAGAAUUGACGAUAAAAUCGUAGCAUCGUAGCGUCGUGUCGCGUGUAUAAAUUUACGUAUUGUUUUCUCUUAAUGUCUUGUUUUUUUCAAGGAUAACUUUCCACAAAACAAACAAUGUAACUUUACCAAAGAGCGAAUCUAAAUUAAUAACCUGUUAGGAAUAAUAACUUCUUGGAGAAACUUUUUCUAUUGUACCUCUAUAAAUUUAUAAAUAUAAUUAUAUAAUUAAUUAAAUUAAUUAAAUCGUUACGUAUAUAAAUAAUACAUUUUCUAUAAUAUACGUUUCCUGCAAUAUUACGGUAAUAAUUAUUACACGGAUUCGAAUUAGACGAGAGAUAAAUAAUAUUUUUGCUCAAGAUGAAUUAAUCGAUAUUUUGUACAAAGGAGUUAACUUUUUAAAUUGCAAGACGUAUAGAGUAGACUAUUUGCACUCAUACCAAAACAACAUUGCAUUUUUUUUAUCGUGCUCGGUAUUGUUUUUUGUAAUAUAUAAUAAAAUUUGUAAAUAAGUUUCCGCCAUUCCGCGGGUGCGUAAUCUUGCCAGCCAAUCAUUCUCUUUCCUAUAUAUAGUGUACAAUGUGUAAUCGUGACGCUGAAGAAAAUUUACAUAUAUAAAUUAUAAUUCCUAAGAAAAAGAAGAGCCUCCACUCGCGAAAGAUGAUUGGAACGUAUAUAUUUGCGAGAUAUAUACACACAUAUAUAUAUAUAUAUAUAAAUAUAUAUAUAUACAAAUAUAUAUAUAAAUAUAUAUAUAUACAAAUAUAUAUAUAAAUAUAUAUAUAUAUUAUUUAACCUAUUCUUGUACUCUAUCAUUUUUGUACAAAGCUACGCACUAGAAGUUAAUCAGGGCAAUUUAAUCGGUGCUCGAAAUAUCAAUUCUGAUUCGUUAGGCCGCUCGACAUCGCGAGAGGAGAUUUAAUAUUUUUAUAGUUCGCGGGUACAAAUUGAAACGGUGCGGCUGGUACUAGCGAAUUAUCGGUUUUAAUUUUGUAUCGUCGAAAUUUUUCUGGUAAUUUGCGAUACAAUUAAUAAGACAACACGAUGAAUGGCACCGUUCUUUUCACUUGUUACGACACGUCUAUUAUUAGGCUAUACUCAAGCUACAUGCAGUUUAAAAGAAUUCGACUGAAUUAUAAUUAUUAUAAUUAUUGUAUGUUAUAAUAUUGUAUGUUACGUUUUUUUGAUCGUAGCCAUGUUUACGUAAAAAAAAAAAAAAAAAAAAAAAAAAAAAAAAAAAAAAAAAAAAAAGCACGGACGAAUCUUGCAUUACGAUUGUUGCAACAAUUGAAAAUUAAAUCGCGCACGGAGAAGAAAAUUCUUUUGUGUACAAGCAAUUUUAAUUCAUCUUUCUAUAUAAGUGAUGAUUUAUUUUGACGUAGACGUGGCUGUAUCGGAUUGUAAAUUUUAUUCUGUGAUGUAUUUUUCGUUGUGACACAAUUCUUGGCACAAUUCGUUAGGAAUAAUAUUUACUUUACGAUUGCAAGAACGUGUCGUUUUUCCUGUUCUUCAACAUUGUACGUACAUAUAUAUAUAUAUAUAAAUAUAUAGAUAUCUGUGUUUAGGUACAAAUUUAAAAAAAAAAAUUUUAUCGUUUUUAUCAACAACGAAAUAUUCUUUUUUGCAUUGUAAAUUGAGUAGCCAUCAUCUCUCUGAAAAAAAAAAAAUCACGAAAUUAAUCUGUUUCUAAUAAAAAUGCGUACGUGAAACGUGUCAUCAGAUUUAGGUCACUCGUGACCGCAACGAAAAGUUUGUAAAUAUUUAACAUCGAAAAUAAAUAGAAAAUAAAGAAAAUAACAUUUAAA